GCUGGGUGCAAAGCAAAGAUUAUAGAGGAGUAUCUUUGGUGCAAAGCAAGGGGCCGUGACAUGGCGCGGCCUCGCCCCUCCUCACGGCAUCCGCAAAGUACCCAGAGGUUUGCUCUUGGCAGGGGGCAGGGGAGGAACAUUUGCAACCAGUUGUCAGGCGGUCAAUGGUUAAAUUUAGCGUUCUGGCUGCAGAGGACAAUUCGACGCGUCAAAAGCACAAUCAGGCGCUGGAAGAAAUCAGAUCCGCUAAUAAUGUCGUGCACGGUGGAAUAAUACUGGGGACUUAUUUUAGAUACUGGAUCAUUGCACUGUCCUGACGCAAAUUAGAUCAGCUCCGCACCGUCCUGAGGCGAGUCGGCCACCUGAGUGUUGCCGGAGCUGCGCGCCCAACACGGGGCAGACUCGACUUCCCUGCCGCUCGCACUGGGAAAAGGGCGCCCACUCCACUCACCAUUGUUUGGAGUCAUGGACAGCGACAGCCCUUCAGCCAACUGAAAACCAAACCCGGUGUGUUAUUUUGCUCGAGUUGGUUUUUGUUUGAAGAAGAAACAAAUAAGCGUCGGGGACUGUUAUGAAUGUCUGCACUCGUGGGGGAGAGAACUUCCGAAAACAAAAUCAACGUGCAACAAUGCCGAGUGCAACAGUUGCACUGGAGUGAAACCAGAGCCGAAGAGCAGAGGGAGGCUGAUCCGGAGCCGGAGCCGUGUUAGCCCAGCCGCUCGGGAUGGUGACGGGGGUGUCUCCAUGCCUAUUGCUCGCCUUCCUCACCUGUGGCGUGGCCAUCUGCGGCGGCCAGGGCGAGUACUGCCACGGCUGGAUUGAUGGCGCCGGCAAGUGGCACGACGGCUUCCAGUGCCCGGAGGACUACGACGGCGCGGACGCGGCCAUCUGCUGCGGCUCUUGCUCCCUGCGCUACUGCUGCGCGGCGACAGCCGCCAGGUUGGCCCAGGGCCGCUGCACCAACGACAGGGAGCGGCACGACGUCAACCCCGCGGCACAGCCCAUCUAUGUGCCGUUUCUCAUUGUAGGCUCCAUAUUUAUUGCUUUCAUCAUCCUGGGCUCACUGGUGGCAGUUUACUGCUGUACCUGCCUCAGACCCAAACAACCAAAUCCGCAGCCAAUGCGAUUCUCAAUGCGGAGUCGCCAGACAGAGACUAUCCCCAUGAUCCCGACUUUCACAAACCCGAGGACCCCCUCCCGGCAGUCCAGCACGGCGACCAGCUCCAGCUCCACCGGAGGCUCCAUUCACAGGUUCUCCAUCAGCAGGUCGGAGCCGGGACACGGCUGCCUGGUCCCUUCUCCCCCACCUGCUUACAGCUCCCCCGGCUGCCUGCAAACCGGACAGGGCUUGCACCUCAACCAGGCUCAGGGAUUCCUGGUUCCCCAGCAGUACUUCGCCUACACCCUGCAACCAGAGUCGUUCACGACGGGCAAAAGUUUCAGCGACUUCACCCAGAACCGCUUGAAGCCGCAGAGCACGUCUUCGCACAACGCCGAACAAGUGAAAUACAAUCCGGGUUUAUAAGAGGGCAUUUUGGAAAGGGAUCGUGUUUACCAAGGCAGCGGCGUGAAGCAAACCCCUCUCCCCUUUGGAAAGAGCUGUUUGGCAGUCGUGGUGCUGGAUGUAGUCUCCAGUCAGCUAGACAACCGGGAGCGUGAAAUCCAGCAGAAAUGUCCGAACAAUUGGAUGAAAGUUUAUCCAACCUUAUCCACUCCGGCUACGACCAAAGGGGAAAAUAACCAACAUUGGCCAGUUAUUUCACGAAGUGUCUUGAAGAUGAUCAAUUGGUUCAACGUUAUCCCUUUAUCGUGUUAAUGCUCACAUUUCACCGUGCAUUAAAAAAAGAAAAGAAAACUAAACUAUAUUAAAGUCGUCAAGAAUAACGGAUGGCAUUAACAAUGACAUUAAAAUCAUCGUUGAACCAGCAAGCCAUCUCUCUGGAGGCGCGGCAGGGUAGAGGGGUACCGCGUUUCACUGCAAAGUGUCUACCGUUGACGACCGACCACCAGCGGACACACCGCCAAUGCGAUGAAUGAAUAUUAGAAUUAUGAAUCUCAUCCCUGCCGCCAAAACCACACUUGCAGACCCGCCUGAUAAAGUGAACACAAGUUUUGCGAUCCCAGGUAAUACCAGAAUCCUCCAGGAAUUCUCCGUGGAAUACCCCACAGAACUUGAAAAUAAUAUCAACUCAAGCGGGUCGUUUACUUUAUUUUAAUUCGGCCAUAUACUUACUGUUUUUCUCUUUUUAUCACUUAUCUAAAUAUUGAAAUUUUAAAAUAUUAAUUUAUAGAGGUAUGUGCAACUAAUUCUCGAUUCUGACCCAUCCUCCAUAUAUUUACAGGACAUCAAAAUUACAAAUUAUUUUAGUAAUCACUUUACCAUUUUUAUUAAAAGACUAAACUAAAGUUAUAGUGGAAAAAUGCAUAGGAAUAUUUUAUAAAAUGUCUAUUCCAAAAUCAUGUUAACUUAAAGAUCUGAAAUUAAAAUUGUGUUAAUAAAACACUGCAAAAUAUAAUUGUA